GGACGCACACCCGCGCGCACACACGCAGAGGCAGCUCGCCUUCCUGCCUGGCUUCCUUCCUGUCUGCUCCGCGCCUGACAGGCCCCUCGCUGCAGCCAGGGGCCGUCCACAUCGGACCGUACACACCGGACCGAGAUCGGGCCGGGCCGGCAGCGAGGGCAGCUGGGGCCGGCGGCGGCGGCUCAUGCCCGGCCUGUCCCCACGCGGGGCGGGCACCGUGACUCGGCUGGGCCCUCAGCGGCGGGCGAUGUGAAGAUGUCAGUGGGCUGUGCCUGUCCUGGUUGUUCCUCAAAGUCAUUCAAGCUGUACUCGCCGAAGGAGCCCCCGAACGGCAACGCCUUCCCCCCCUUUCAUCCCGGCACCAUGCUGGAUCGGGAUGUGGGCCCAACUCCCAUGUACCCACCUACAUACCUGGAGCCUGGGAUAGGGAGGCACACACCAUAUGGCAACCAAACUGACUAUAGAAUAUUCGAGCUUAACAAACGGCUUCAGAACUGGACAGAGGAGUGUGACAAUCUCUGGUGGGAUGCUUUCACGACUGAGUUCUUUGAGGAUGACGCCAUGUUAACCAUCACUUUCUGCCUGGAGGAUGGACCAAAGAGAUAUACCAUUGGCCGGACCCUGAUCCCACGCUACUUCCGCAGCAUCUUUGAGGGGGGUGCCACGGAGCUGUACUAUGUGCUGAAGCACCCCAAGGAAGCAUUCCACAGCAACUUUGUGUCCCUCGACUGUGACCAGGGCAGCAUGGUGACCCAGCAUGGCAAACCCAUGUUCACCCAGGUGUGUGUCGAGGGCCGGUUGUACCUGGAGUUCAUGUUUGACGACAUGAUGCGGAUAAAGACAUGGCACUUCAGCAUUCGGCAACACCGAGAGCUCAUCCCCCGCAGCAUCCUUGCCAUGCAUGCCCAGGACCCCCAGAUGCUGGAUCAGCUCUCCAAAAACAUCACCCGGUGUGGGCUGUCCAAUUCCACUCUCAACUACCUCCGACUCUGUGUGAUACUCGAGCCUAUGCAGGAGCUCAUGUCCCGCCACAAGACCUACAGCCUCAGCCCCCGUGACUGCCUCAAGACCUGCCUUUUCCAGAAGUGGCAGCGCAUGGUAGCACCCCCAGAACCCGCACGGCAGCAGCCCAGCAAACGGCGGAAACGGAAGAUGUCAGGGGGCAGCACCAUGAGCUCGGGGGGUGGCAACACCAACAACAGCAACAGCAAGAAGAAGAGCCCAGCCAGCACCUUCGCCCUCUCCAGCCAGGUACCUGAUGUGAUGGUGGUGGGGGAGCCCACCCUGAUGGGCGGGGAGUUCGGGGACGAGGACGAGAGGCUCAUCACCCGGCUGGAGAACACCCAGUUUGACGCGGCCAACGGCAUUGACGACGAGGACAGCUUUAACAACUCCCCCGCACUGGGCGCCAACAGCCCCUGGAACAGCAAGCCUCCGUCCAGCCAAGAAAGCAAAUCGGAGAACCCCACGUCACAGGCCUCCCAGUAAAGGCCCUGCCAUGGCCACCGAGCACUCUGCCUGCCUGCCCCAUCCUUUGAAGCCCCAGGGAGCAGAAGACAGAAGAGACUGAGCAUCUGAAAUGGGCAGCCUCCAUCCACCCACUUCAGGGAGGAACUGGACUCUCUAGGGGCAGGUGCCAAGAUUUGCCCUGACAGUGGCCCUGGGCUGGGCCUGACCUCUGCAGAGCCUUUUGGGGGAAGGGGGAACUCAUGCAGAUGCCCAAGUGGAUCCUGGGCCUCUAAAAAAAGAAGUAUCCUGACCACCCCCCAGGGCAUUUGCCCCCAUCCUCACUGGGUUCCCCAUCCUCUUGACUCCACCCUCUUCAAGCCUGGGGUUGUCUACAGCCACAGCCCUUAGGGACUUGAAGUUAUGGGGCUUGGUUGAAUGCCCCCAACCCCUCCCCCAGGUGGCUGGUAGUAGAGGGGUAAAGCUCUGGGCUCCUCCUCCCUUCUGCUACCUAUCCUAGCUCCAAGUUUUUAAAAAAAUAAUAAUAUUAAAAAUGUAAGUUUUUUUUUAAAAAAAUCACUCAUGUAUCCCCUCUUCCCCCUAUUAAAAGUCCAGCUACCUCCCUACUCUUGGCAGAUGGGGGCCUAGGGCCCAGGUGGGAGUGAGUGGGGGUGGGGGGAUAUGCAUACUAUUUUAUACAGUUCGAGAGCUUCAGACCAAGGAGACACUUUGCCAUCUCUCUUCCCUUUUCCUCUUGGGUGAUGAGUUGGGGAAGGCAUGCCGUGGGGUAGGGGAGGCCAUUGAUGGCCACAUUUGCCCCUCUUUGUGACAACCCCGCACUGUUGUCUGUCUCCUUAUUCUCCAGACUCCAGCCUGCCCUCGUAGUGCUUGUGACUCCCUCUGCCCCAGCCCUCAACCCCCCCCCCAUGGUGUGUAUAUUCUUUACAAGUUCUCCACUAGAGCAGCUGUCUUGGGUGGGGGAGGGAGGGAGGCUCCCUCCCUUAGGGAGUGUGGAGGGAAGGAAGCAGCCUUGUUUGUUACUGUGUUUUUUGUUUUGUCUCAUUUGGGCAGGCAUGGAAUGGGGAGGGGCUCAUCCACUCUGUUCCAGUACCCUCUUCCCCUGACCCCUCAAUUGCAUAUCUAGUGCUACCUUUCCCUCCAUAGAGGGGAAGGAGCCACUGAGGGUGUCCCAGCUUUAAGCCCACCAGGAAGAAGUAGGCCUCUAUUCCCCUAGCUGAAAUCGAGGGUCUUCAUCUCCUAAUAUCUCCUUUUCCUCCUUCCUCAUGGAAGGGAGGAGGAGGCAGCCAGGAUCCUCAGCUCCAUUUCACAGAUGGACACAUGAAGGCUCAGGGUCCAGGGUGAGGCCAAGAGCAGGGUCCCAUAAGUCUAGGCCCAGCUCUGUGGCUUUGCUGCCUUUUCCCCGUGGCCAGUCCCAGAAGUGUUAGCAUCACCUCUUUCCCUACUCCUCCCUCUGGUUUCUGGGGUCCUUCAAACCGUUUCCUCCACUCCAGCUGCCACUGUUGAGAGGGUGUUGUGUCAGGAGUUGAGGGGAAAGGUAGAGAACAUGGAUGUCCCACCCCAACUGUAAUGCCUUCUUUUUGGGUGGGGGGGGGCAUUUGAGUCAUGUAUGGUACCGAUCAAUAAAGAGACUUUUCAGUUUGAAAGUGUCCUAGUUGGUCAUUGAUGCCCAGUAAUGACUCGGUCCAAGUUAAUGUUUCCCCCCCUCCUUCCUGCCACACCUAAAACCAAUCAUUGGGGAGGGGUUAUAAAUUUCCCUUCACUCCCGUCUCAUUUUCUCACACUUUUCUUCGGCUGUUGUUCCUCUGAUUCACACCUCUCC